UAAACGUUUCAGUUACGGUUUCGCAACGAAGAAGGCAGUUUAUUUUUUAGUAAUUGAAAUGAACCGCAACACUAAGCUAUUUUUAUUGCUCAGCCCGAUUCUGGCAUUGCAGACCACAACUCUCGCACUUCCAUUGAAUAACAGCAAUGAAACUAAAGUUUAUACGGCUAAUCAAUCAAAGGAGAGUGUAAUACCCAAUACACCAGGCGUACAAGCAUUUAAAAAAGAUUUAAUUAAUCAAUUGCUACCCACGGUUUUGGGUGAGGAGGAUAUAGAAAAUGGUGAAUACACGGCCCAGUUGUCAUCUGCUGAAGUAGAUUUGCCUUGCACAAAUGAAACUGUCACAAUUGAAGUGAUAAGUAGUAGUUUUCCAUUGCCAGAACGUUUCUUCCAUGCACCAAAGCGUUGUUCUCAGGAAAAAAUCUGAAUAUGAAUUUUCAAGGGUAUAACUGUGUAAAAAAAGUAUACUAACCAUAUUAAAUAGACUAAAAUAAAACAAAAUAAAAUCAAA